AUGAGAGAUGAAAUUGCAACAGCCGUUUUCUUUGUCACAAGAUUGGUGAAAAAACAUGAUAAACUGAGUAAACAGAAAAUAGAAGACUUUGCAGAAAAGCUGACGACAAUCUUGUUUGAAACCUACAGAAGUCACUGGCACGCCGACUGCCCUUCUAAAGGGCAAGCGUUCAGGUGUAUCAGGAUAAAUAAUAGUCGGGAUAAAGAUCCCAUUCUAGAAAGGGCUUGUGCUGAAAGUAACGUGGAUUUUUCUCACCUGGGACUUCCAAAGGAGAUGACCAUAUGGGUAGAUCCCUUUGAAGUGUGCUGUAGGUACGGUGAGAAAAAUCAUCCAUUUACAAUUGCUUCUUUUAAAGGCAGAUGGGACGAAUGGGAGCUUUCCCAACAGGUCAGCUGUGCUGUUAAUCGAGCUACAUUAGACUACGCCUCUGGCAUUUCCUCUGAUGAAGAAAGUUGUAACAAAGAACCGCAGAUCAUUCCUAAAGUCAGCAAUCCAAAGAGUAUUUAUCAGGUUGAAAACUUUAAACAGUCCUUUCAAUCUUGGUUCCAUGUCUCCCGCAAAAAGAAUAUGGCAGAUGGCCGUAUGGGCCUCCUAGGAAAUGCUUAUGCAUUGCAUAAAAAUCAUAAGCGUCAGAGGCCUGCUGCUAUCUACCGGGUAGACAGGUACCACUGGGUCAACACUAACCGAUAA